AUGUCUUCCCCAAUGAACCCAAUGAACACCGCCAGCCUCGUCACUCCUACCAGCUAUUCUCCCAUUGACGCCGUCAACCGACACGAAUUUGGGGUUCAGAAGAACAGGAAGGCAGCAUCGACUGGUGGGGGCAGAGCAUGGAGCGAGGAUGAGGUAUAAAUAUCUGGCUCAGGAGUAGUUGAAUCAGGACUGACGUGAUCUCUAGGAAGUUUAUCUUCUUCAAACCCGCCUCCAGAAAAUGCCAUACAAGCACAUUGCCGCUCACUUGAAAAAGACUGAGCUGGCUUGUCGCCUUCACUACCACCAAUUGUCCCACGGAAGCAACCGCCGCAAGCGAAAUGGCUCUGUUGCCUCCAGCCCUGCAUCGGCAGUGAACUCUCCUAUCCUUCAAAACACCAUGCCAUCCCCAAUUCACGAGUCCUUAAACAUGCAAGCCACCUCGCCUGCAUAUACCUACUCUCCUCAAUCUCCGGGCCAAAUUCAACUCCCAUCUGCCUCCACCCUCCUCCCUCGAUCGGCCACCAACAGCCCAGCUCGCAUGCUCAACCAUCCAGUUGCCAUCCUGCCAAAGCCAUCAUCUGCCCCCCGUCAUGUGCACUCCGAGCAAGUAAACAAUGCCCCACUCCGUCUUGACUGUGGUAUGGCUACAAGCCCAGGCAGCAUCUCUAGCGUUGACAAGGAUCGUCUUCGCCACAUUUACGAAGCACACCGGGCUUCAUUCUGGAGCGUCAUUGCCAACGAGUAUGGAGCAGGUGUCUCUCCGUAUCUUCUCGAGGAGGCAUGGAAGCAGGGAAUCGUCUCUCACGCCCCACCUACCCCAUCCAUAUCUCCAGUCACCACCCAGACAUCCAGCAACUACCCGGUCUACAACAAACCAAUGCAGCAAUUGCCUACUCCAGUGCAAGAGAACAAGACCAACAGCGCUACUAGCAUCUCCGCACUUUUGGGCAUUGUAAGUUGAAAUCUCCUCCUAAUUCUGGUUCGUAAAGAAUGAGUACUAAUUGUUCAUGAUAGGACGCUAGCCCUCGCAGCCCCAAGGAGAGAGAAUUGAUCAAGCGUAUGGAAGAGAGCAGAGAUGUCAUCAUGGCAUAA